AUGGAGGCAGUUCAAGCACAAGAGAAUGGUGUUUAUAUCGUGUACAAGGGAGCAGCUGCAACCUCAUCAAUUGUUGCCAGAACAAAUGAUUAUGUUCAAAUUCUGAGCUCCUUAGGAGAAAGGGGUGAAUAUAGAGUUAUACACAGAUACAACAAUGGCUUUUCGGGAUUUGCAGCUCGUUUAUCAGAGGAAGAGGCAGAGUCAAUAGCUCGAAGGCCCGGAGUUGUAUCUGUUUUCCGCGAUCCAGUCCUUGAUCUCCACACAACACAUUCGUGGGACUUCUUAAAGUAUCAAGAUGAUGAACUGGGCAUCGGUUUCAGUCAACAAUCAACCUCAACUUCCUCUGCAUUACAUGGGGAAGACAUUAUAAUCGGAAUCUUUGAUACAGGGAUUUGGCCUGAAUCAAAGAGUUUCAGUGAUGAAGGUUUGGGUCCAAUUCCGUCACGCUGGAAGGGAACAUGCAUGGAAGCCCCUGAUUUUAGUUCUUCCAACUGCAAUAGGAAAUUGAUUGGAGUAAGGUAUUACAACAAUACUGAUUUUGAUCCGAGUCCAUUUAAUACCCCAAGGGACCAGGGUGGCCAUGGUACUCAUGCUGCUGCAAUCGCUGCAGGAACCCCCGCCCGGGGUGCAUUCUACCAUGGCCUAGCAAAAGGCAUUGCUAGGGGUGGGUUUCCAGGGUCUCGUAUUGCUGCAUACCGUGUCUGUUCUCAUUUGUAUGGAUGCUAUGGGUCUGCCAUUCUAAAAGCAUUUGAUGAUUGCAGACGCUUCUUCAAUGAUGCAAUAGCCGAUGGUGUCGAUAUUUUAUCAGUAUCAGCUGGUAUUGUAACUAGAAAAGACUUUUUAACUGACCCCAUUACUAUUGGAGCAUUUCACGCAAUUGAGAAAGGCAUUCUUGUUGUCUGCUCUGCUGGAAAUCGUGGCCUUGAAGAAAACUCGAUUGUGAAUGUUGUUCCUUGGGUUCUAACUGUAGGUGCAUCCACCAUUGACCGGUUUUUUGAGUCAAACGUUGUGCUAGGCAACAACAAAGUGAUCCAGGGAGGAGGAAUUCAUUUUGCUAAUAUCAAAAGGUCUCCAGUGUAUCCUGUGAUUGAUGCCCGUUCAGCCAAGGAUCCUAGUGAAACUUCAGAAUCCUCCGCAAGUAAUUGUUUCCCUGAAUCAUUAGAUAAAAGUAAAGUCAAAGGGAAGAUUGUUCUCUGUGAAGAUUACCUUGAAGAAAGUUCUGACGAAGAGAGGCUUCAGACUGUAAUAAGCCUAGGCGGUGUUGGUGUGAUACUAAUUAAUUAUGAUGAAAAAACUGUAGCCUCCAUCUAUGGUUCUUCUCCAAUGACCAUAAUUACCUUCCAGGAUGCCGAUGAGAUUAGAUCUUAUAUCAACUCAACCAGGAAUCUUGUGGCAACUAUAUUACCAACUGUAGUUGUAGAUAAAUACAAGCCUGCUCCAGCAGUGGCCUACUUCUCAGGUACAGGGCCUAUAUAUCGUAAUUAUAACCUUAUCAAGCCUGAUGUUGUAGCACCAGGAGUUGACAUUCUUGCAGCAUGGCCUUCAAAUGACACAAAAACAACACCACCCUUCAACAUAGUUUCAGGAACUUCAAUGGCCACCCCCCAUGUAUCUGCAAUUGCAGCAACAGUCAAAUCCAAGUAUCCUUCUUGGAGUCCUUCUGCAAUCAAAUCAGCUAUAAUGACUACAGCAAUUCAGACAGACAAUCUCAAGGCCCCCAUAAAAAAUAAUAACGGUAAUCCAGCAACCCCAUAUGACUUUGGUUCAGGGCAAGUGAGCUUGUCAGGUCCAUUGCAACCAGGGCUAGUUUAUGACACUGAAGUAAUCGACUACCUACAGUACCUUUGCAACAGCGGCUACAACACAUCACAGAUAAAACUCAUUUCAUCAAACCUUCCGGCUGAUUUUUCUUGCUCAAGUAACUCUAGUGAAGAACAGAUGUCCAACUUGAACUACCCAUCAAUAGCCGUCUCUUAUUUUUAUGGUCAUAAAAGCAUCAAAGUAAAAAGAACUGUAGCAAAUGUUGGCGAGGAAGAUUCGCUCUACACAGUUAGUGUAGAAACGCCAAGGGUGCAGGUUUGGAAGUGCUUGUGA